GCCAAUUGCUGGACUGAGGUGGGGGAGAUAGCUGCUCGGAGUCCGCCUGCAACUAUGGAGCAGUCAGUAAUUGCUGGAGACAGGGAGAGCUGGGGGCUGGGCUGAGGUAGCCAUGUAUAAAUAGUGUGAUCUCAAAUUGAAAGGCAUAAAUAACAGCAGGAGUGAUCUAACCCUAUACAGCCCAUCCUCUACGUGCAAAAACAGCGUGCGGAGGACGGCCACAUCUCCGACUGCAAACAAGUGGAUCUCUGUGGAUAAGAUCACCGGGCAGCCAUGGAAGAACUUACGGCUUUUGUAUCCAAAUCUUUUGACCAGAAAAGCAAAGAGAGCAGCAGCGGCAGUGGCAGCAGCAACAAGAAGGAGACGAUCACUUACAGGGAAGUUUUGGAGAGUGGGUUGGCUCGCUCUAGGGAGCUUGGAAACUCUGACUCUAACCUGCAGGACAUGACCGAGAGCAGCAACCAUUGCCCGGUGCAUCUUUUCAAAGACCACGUAGAGAGCGACAAGGACAAACUGAAGGAGUUCAGCACAGGCAGGACGGCGGAAGGGAUCUACGAGUGCAAAGAGAAGAGGGAAGAUGUAAAAUCAGAAGACGAAGAUGGACAGACCAAGCUCAAACAAAGGAGGAGCAGAACCAAUUUCACACUAGAGCAGCUGAAUGAGUUGGAAAGACUUUUUGAUGAGACUCACUAUCCGGAUGCCUUCAUGAGGGAGGAACUAAGCCAGAGGCUGGGACUGUCUGAAGCUAGGGUUCAGGUCUGGUUCCAGAAUAGGAGAGCAAAGUGUCGAAAGCAGGAAAACCAGAUGCACAAAGGUGUGAUCUUGGGAACCGCCAGCCAUCUAGACGCCUGCAGAGUGGCCCCCUACGUGAAUAUGGGAGCCCUAAGGAUGCCUUUCCAACAGGUCCAGGCCCAGCUGCAGCUGGAGGGCGUGGCCCACGCGCACCCGCACCUGCACCCGCAUCUGGCGGCCCACGCUCCCUACCUGAUGUUCCCGCCGCCGCCGUUCGGGCUGCCCAUCGCCUCGCUGGCGGAGUCCGCUUCCGCCGCUGCCGUGGUGGCCGCCGCCGCCAAGAGCAACAGCAAGAACUCCAGCAUCGCUGACCUGCGGCUGAAGGCCCGGAAGCACGCCGAGGCCCUGGGGCUCUGACACGCUUCACACCAGACCCCCCCUACGCCAUACCACACCAUAUCCCCACCUCACCCCGGGGCGGGCGGGCGUGUGUGUGACCCGUACGGACCUCCGGUCUGACCCCGCUCAUCCUCCUCUUCCUCCUCCCCGGGCCGCCCUGCCACCUUCUUGUUAUUAUUUUGUUUGUUUUUAUUCCUUUCCCCUUUCCCAAGGUCUGCGAGCGCUCGGCGGCAGCCACCCCUCAUCUCACACCUUUCCCCCCGCACCCUUCCCCCGCUUUCCUCGCCCUCUUCCCGCUCCCCAGCCCCAACGGGGACUUGUCGGCCCGGGGCGAACCGGGCGAAGAAGGGAGGCCCCGGCG